CCGGCUGUAGUGCACGUGUAGUUAAUUGAGCACGUUAGUAAUAUUUCAUGAUGGCGGAACAACGUGAGCGUACUUUUAUUAUGGUUAAGCCUGAUGGUGUACAACGUGGUCUUGUGGGCACCAUUAUUGAACGUUUCGAAAAGAAAGGCUUCAAACUAGUCGGUUUGAAAUUCGUAUGGCCAUCAGAAGAACUUCUCCAGCAACACUACAGCGAUUUGGCAUCCCGGCCUUUCUUCCCUGGUCUAGUAAAGUACAUGAGUUCAGGACCUGUGGUCCCUAUGGUAUGGGAGGGCCUUAAUGUUGUGAAGACUGGCCGUCAAAUGCUUGGCGCAACUAACCCAGCUGACUCGCAGCCCGGCACUAUCCGCGGUGAUCUCUGCAUUCAAGUUGGGCGUAACAUCAUCCAUGGUUCGGACAGCGUUGAAUCUGCUAAAAAGGAAAUAGGCCUCUGGUUUACGGACAAAGAAGUUGUGGGCUGGACACCUGCAAAUGAAAACUGGGUUUAUGAGUAAAUUUAUUUUAAUCUGUAUAUUUUGUCUUGUUCUCAUAAUUUAUGUUAAACAUUCUGUGAUUAAAUGAGACAUUUUCAUA